GCAUCCGCCGACAAACGAACCAUGGCUCGCCACAUGUCGCACCGAGGCGCGAGUGCCGUGCUCGCGGUGUGUCGUCACGCGCUCCUCUUUGUGGUCGCGGUGGUCGCCGUCAGCGGUGCCGACCAGACCGCCACGCAGAACGGCUUGAAAGUAGAGAAGCUGUACGUGCCGGAAGUAUGCGAUACCAAGUCAAAGAAGGGCGACCAGCUGACCAUGCACUACACCGGCACGCUACAAGACGGCAGCAAGUUCGACUCAAGUUUGGACAGAGAUCAACCGUUCACCUUCCAGUUGGGUGUGGGCCAAGUUAUUAAGGGAUGGGACCAGGGUCUCGUGGACAUGUGCGUGGGCGAGAAGAGAAAGCUGACGAUACCACCUGAGCUCGGAUAUGGCGAGAAGGGCGCCGGAAACGUCAUUCCCGGUGGUGCUACUCUUACGUUCGAAGUUGAGCUUAUGAACAUCAGUGAUUCACCUCCAACCGCCAACGUGUUCAAAGAGAUUGACGCCGACAAGGACAAUCAACUGUCCCGCGAGGAGGUGAGAGCAAUGGUGAGCGACUAUUUGCGGAAACAGAUAGAGGCCGACCAAGCCAGCGGCGAGAACGAGGACGUGAAGAAGAUGUUGUCCGACCACGAUAAGCUCGUCGAGGAGAUCUUCCAGCACGAGGACAAGGACAAGAACGGCUUCAUCUCCCACGAAGAGUUCAGUGGGCCGAAGCACGACGAACUCUGAAGUCUUCGUGCCGCAUUAUCGCGUCUCUGAGCGCCCGUUGUCGGCGUCGACGGCGAUAUCUCGCCGUCGGCAACGCCGUCGCGUCUCGCGCUACCACGUGUUCACCUCUGUAUAAAAUCACCUCUUCGAGUCCCCUCUCGGAGAUCCCCGCGGGAUCCGCCGAUCGAUCGCGUCGAGCGACUAAUUGUUAACUCGCUCGUUCAUUCACAAACCGAUCGGAUUCACCGGCGAAUUUCUCUGACUCGACGUCACCGACGACACGAAAGGACCGAACGAUCUUCGGGAAUCUUCGACUCGCCGAAGUCGCAUUCGCGUCCUUGAUCAGGGAUAACUUCCGGAAGUAGGUGAACAUUUUUGACAACGAAGUUUGAGAAUUCGUAAAGUAAAAUUGAUUUUUCGCAAGAUCCUUCCGGCAACUUUUCUGAAGCUUCGGGAAUCACGCUCGACGGCUCGCAAUUUAUAUAGUUCGAAGUUUCCCUGAUUUUUCUGAACCCUUUCGAACGGAGAAUACGAUCGCACCCGUUCGGAAUAGAAAUCGCGCGAUGACAUCCCGCGAGUCGCUUUAUAUACGCACGCAUGCAGCAUUUUACUCGAGACUGCAGAGGGAAUCUCGAUCCACUUCCGUCGUAACCGCCACCUGAAACCUCUCUGAUCCUGAUAGCAGUUACUCGGAACAUCCACAAAAGUCUUUCGGUGCAGUUGUUCUCCUUCCUUUGCAAUAUAAUAUUUUCCGGUAAAAUAUGAGGUUUUUUUGACUUUUCAACGGCAAUGAGGUCCGAAGGCGCAAAACUUUUUAAUCGGUUUACGUAAAAGCCUGUAAAAAAAAAAAAAAAAAAAAACGUUACAAAACUUCAUGACGAAAUUUUCACGGAUAUUCCUAGACAGGCGACAUUCCGGCGCAACGACGCAACUGUACAUUUGAAUAUGAAUAUUACAAGAAACGAAAAACGCACGAAUGUCUGCUUGAGUGACUGGCGUGUGAAAUGAAAAGAGAGUGAGUGUGAGAGAAAGAGAAGAGUUGUAUUUCACGCUAUAUAUAUAUAAAUAUAUAUUAUAUAUAAAAUAUGGAGGAAAAAAAGAGAGAGAAAGUGAUGACAAGAGUGAAAGGAACAUGUGCGACGGAGAAAGUGUUUUUUCUACAUGAUUAUAUAUAUAUGUUAGCGUAACUCAAAGGCAUCGAUGUAUGGUGUUAAGAAUCACACGCAUUUUCUGUCUCACUCUCAAGCUUCUCCCCACAAACCCUUCCUUAUUCCAGCCAUAACGAUCCCUUACUCGAGAGAGAGAGAGAGUCGCGCGCGCGCGCGCGCGUGAUUCAACAUGAUCAGGAGAUAAGAAGAGGAUGACGAGGAAGAGGAGGAUGAGGAAAUAUCCCGAGGAUGCGCGGUGGAGAUAAAUGUGGUUGCUCUUACGCGAACCUCCCAAAUCUAUCUCAUAGCUAUCAUUAUUACAUUUUAACUGAUACGUUUUUUAUUACUACAUUAUAUUGUAUGUUGUUAAAGUUGGAUGAAGGUUAAUAAUAAAUCGUGUGUCUCGAG